GCAGAUCUCAGGAUCCUCAAGGCUUGCCAUAGUCUCAGAAGAGAGAGUAGCAGCUCUUUCUGCAACUGCUACAUAUCACUUCAAAGUACAAAAAGGCAAUGAAAAUGAAAAGCAUUUAUUUUGUUGCUGGGCUCCUUUUAAUGAUCGUUCAAGGCAGCUGGCAAAAUCCUCUUCAGGAUACAGAGGAGAAAUCAAGGCCAUUCAAAUCUUCCCAGUCUGAACCAUUAGAUGAAUCUAGACAGCUGAAUGAAGUGAAACGUCACUCACAAGGCACAUUCACCAGUGAUUACAGCAAGUACUUGGACAGUAGACGAGCUCAGGACUUUGUGCAAUGGUUAAUGAGCACUAAAAGAAAUGGCCAACAAGGACAGGAGGACAAAGAAAAUGACAAAUUCCCGGACCAGCUCUCAAGCAAUGCAAUCUCCAAGCGUCAUGCUGAAUUUGAGAGACAUGCUGAAGGCACCUAUACCAGUGAUAUCACCUCUUAUUUGGAAGGUCAAGCUGCCAAAGAGUUCAUUGCUUGGUUAGUGAAUGGACGAGGAAGAAGAGAUUUCCCAGAAAAAGCUCUUGUGGCUGAAGAAAUGGGCCGAAGACAUGCAGAUGGCACUUUCACAAGUGAUAUCAACAAAGUCCUUGAUGACAUGGCUGCCAAAGAGUUUCUAAAAUGGCUGAUUAACACAAAAGUUACCCAAAGGGACCUUUUGGGAGAAUAUCAGUAAAAAUGCAGAAUAAAAAUGUGAUACAUGAAGAUCUUCAUUGCAUCAACUGCCAGUUAUUAAGAGAUUCUGAAACCUGUAUUCUGUCAUUUACAUUAGGUGUAACAAAGCUGUGUCACCUUGCAUGCCAGGAAAUAAUUGUACUAUAGUUUAGUGUUGCCAAAGGUUUAUAUAUGGAAAACCCAUUGUCUAAGGGAUGGUUAUCUUAACAGCUUUAAAACUACAAAAGUUCCAUAUCUUCAUAUUUUUCAUUUAUUAGGACUGAAGUAACUCCAUUUAUAUUUAAUGAUAAAAUUAUUUUUCUAAAAAGUUGACUUCUACACACAAAGGAUUCAAUCACCAAGUAUAUGUGUUAUUUGUAAGGGUCUGGCAGUUACAAAUGCCUGAGAAGUGAAUAUCCCUCUAAAAACCUUUGUUAUAAAAAGGCUAAGCUUUAAGGAUAUUAAAUGAUAGCCUUAAAUAAAUUUUUUCAAGCUUCUUUUCGGUUGACUUUUCAUGUGUAUAUCCCUUGUGGCUUUUUGCACUCCAUUUUAUUCUAAUAUGCUAGUGUCACUGAGAACUUGGAAGCGGUUUGUUUGGAAUGACAAAUGUCACAUUUUCUCCAUAAUGAUUCUCAGAAAAGAGCUGUGUGAACUUUGAAUUACCUUCAGUUGAAAAAGAAAUCAUGUAAGAUGAAGCUAGAGGGGGAAACAAGACUGAACAGACAAGUAUUCUUCAUUAGCAUAAAUUCUGGUUUCUCAGUAAAAGCAGGAGGACAGCUUUGAAAAAUAUUAAGUGCAAUACAGUCCAUUAGUAGUGGAAACUGACACAUAACUUCUUCAAAUUUUAUAAGAUUGCCAAGUAAAGCCAACUCAAAUGGUCCUGGGUCACUCUCAUCUGUGUGGUAUUCUUUUCUUCCUUCUUCCUUUGAGAACUGCUUUGUCCAUCAUCUCUUGCAUUUAGCAACAUUAUACUGUAACUUACAGGCACAACUGCCAUUUCAGUAACCUUCUCCGUUAGGGGGACAGAACACUUUGCUUGCAGAUCUCAAUUUCUAGCAAUCCAAACAUCCUCUCAGCUGGCCAGGGCAUGUUUUUGUAGGUAUGGCAGUAGCUGAAACUCUCAAAUAGUCACAGGUGCUGUUAUGCACCUCUUGUUUCUGAUGUCUACCCAAAUCCCCCUUUCUCCCCUUGCAGUAUGCCAGGUAUCUAUAUUAAAAUGUCCUAAAGGGCAAGUGGUUUAAGAGAAAGCCAAUGGGCUUAGCAAGUGUCUAGUAGAAGUUGAUGUGAAGCAGGAGCGUUAUUGAACCAGAAUUAGCAC